AGCGCUCAUUUUAUAUUUUUUUUUUUUGGAAAGGCACCUUUGGGUGCUAUCCUCUUUUCUGCUGCAGAAUAUUAAAACAAUGGCGACUGAAACGUUUAAAAAGUUAUACGAGAGCUCGAAAUUACUUGCAUCUCCCACAACUCGAGACCAGCUACCCGUGUUGGAACGUGGAUUAGACCAGAUCGAUACAGAAACGCGACGAUUAUUUGGAAAGAACAAGGCCGAUCAGGAACAAACUGCUCAAGCUCAUUUCUUUUUGGCACAGAAUGGAAUCAAUACGCAGGAUCUGGCGCAAAAGUUAAAUGCCAUGGACACGGGUCGGAUCUUUGAACCUUCAGGCAAGAUUAACGACACGGACGUGGAGAAAUAUUUGGAAAAGGCACACGAACGCAGUAUCAUUGAUGUUAUCACGGAAUACGGCCAAAACACGCAGUUUGAUUUCGAGGAAGAGGCUGAACGCGUGAUGGAAGCCAACCUGCGGAAAACUCAACGUCGUGUUUUGGAGGGAUGGGAUCACCAUCAACAUCAUCAUCAUCAUCAUCAUCAAGGUUCGAAUGUAAUCGAUGACGAUAGAUUUUUGAUGCCUGCUGCUACAUCGCCAGCUUCCCGUCAACGUGUGCUGGAUUAUGCAGCUGUUAUCUCUAAAAUGAAUGAUGCCAGAGUGGCCCGUAAAAGUUUCCCAGUUGUCGAAGAGUUUGCAAAGUUAUCCAAAUCGGUGGACUCUGAUCAGGUGCAUGAUCGCAAUUUGGAUAUUUGGAAACUAUUAUAUAGCUUGGCUGGAGAAGCCGCAUAUGACAACGGUGCCGAAUAUUCAAAAAAGAGAUAUGCACAACUGCAACCCGGCGAGCCGGUAGCAGUGAGCAUGACUCGAAAGCUCAUUGAUUCAGCAAAGAGCUGGCUCGAAAAACAGUUCACCGAAUAUAUCGACGAUGAAUUAGUACGCCAUGCAACUCAAGCCAAAGUGGGCGGUGUACCAUCACCAGCUCACCGUCUUCGGGUAUUCAUGGAUCUGAAAUUCCGAAAGGGUUCUGAAAAGUGGACAGAUUCUCGAUUUGAGAUUGUCAACGGCACGGCCAUCUGGACCUAUCUGUACCUACUUAUCCGCAGCGGCUAUGCUAAGCAAGCACUAGCAUACGUAAAGGAAAACGAGCAGCUAUUUAGUGCUGAACCACAGUUUGUUCGAUACUUUACCGAAUACAUGGAAUCGCCUGAUCGACGACUGCGAAAAGCAACACACGAUGCAGUUGUGGCUGACUAUCAGCGUCUAGAAUACGGACAACAGAACGCUGAUCCAUACAAGCUUAUCUUGUACAAGAUCAUUGGUCGUUGUGGGCUCAAUAAGAAGCGUUUGCCCGAGAUUGGCACAACUGAAGACUACAUGUGGUUACAGCUUUCACUGGUGCGCGAAUCAGUGGAUGGAGAAGCAUACGACUAUGAACGAUAUAACCUGAAUGACAUACAAAAACUCAUUUUGAGCUUCAAUCCAAAUGAGUUUGACCAAAACGGAACCAAUCCUCGAAAUUAUUUCAUGGUGCUGUUAUUGACUUUGCAAUUUGAACGGGCUGUAAACUAUCUCUACAAGAAUGAAAAGACCCGGGUAGAAGCGGUACACUUUGCGAUUGCUCUUGCCUAUCAUGGCUUAUUACGGAUCCCAGUGAACCUAUUAACAAGCAGCAUUGACCUACUGAUUGUCGAGGAUGACGAACGAGUCAGCUUUAACUUUUCCCGGCUGAUAUACCAGUACAUACGCAUCUUUGCAGCCAGCAACGAACAGAACGCACUCAACUACAUCUACCUCCUCACACUCUACUCUGAUUGGCAACGACAUGACUCUGACGAUAUGAUCACUUUAUCCCAUACAUAUAUCCAAGAGUUAGUCCUGGGAAGUAAGGAUCCCAAGGCGAUAUUGGGGGUACGAUCACCGGAACAGGGUCGUCAGCGGGGAUGGUUGGAUGCCCACAAGGAGCUGAUCGGUAUCACGAGCGAACGAGCGUUUGUUCAAGCCAUUUUGCAACCACUCGCUGAAAAGUAUGCGCAGGAAGGACGCUACUCGGAGGCCGUCUUUGUGUAUGAACUGACAGGAGACUACAAUGAAGUUGUUGACAUCCUAAACAAGCAACUGGGUGAUGCAUUACAGCAACCACGGGCAACCGACCCAGACCAAAUGUUACGCAGACGUGCAUCGGACGAAGAAAUCAUCAACCUUUCACUCAAGACGCUAGGCGACUAUGAAAAGCAGCAACAUAUCGGCGUGCUUAUCAAGGAAUCCAAGAAACACACGGUCAGAGUGCUUAUCGACUUUUUACGGAGCCGUAGUCUGUAUGAAGAAGGAUCGUUUGAACAGGCACUCCACGUGAUCCAUCAAAGUGGUGUGAUUCCUCUGCAGGAUGACUUGGGACUGGUGCAACGGACAGCCGAGCAGUUUGAACGUCUGGACGAAGGGAUCAGCAAAAAUGUGCCGGACAUGUUGCUGAUGGUGACGGAUAUGCUUUUCAAACUGUGGACCACAUUCACGGGGCCCCAGCUUGUUUCGCAGCCAGCGGCCAAAGAGACGGUUGCAAGAAUCGAGGAGAACAUUCGAGCUGUGCUGGCCUUUGUGGGCCUGAUCCAAUUCAAGAUGCCAGCAGACACGGUGACAAAACUUAACAAGGCCGAAAUGAUGAUGUCUGCGCACACACACCGCUUGUCCCAAUAAAAUUUCCAUGACGUUACCGGUUUCAACUCGUUUGAACGUGAUUGGCCACGAUCCAAGCCAACAUUGCCCGGCCCGUCUCAUUGAGUCAGAGAGCACACACACACACACAUCCAAAUUGAGAAAUAAAGAAUAUAUAAAUAGAAAGUCUUUUCAAGUUACCCCGCCCUCAAUUCUUUUCU